GAGUUCCACGCGGGCUUUCAGAGUUCCGCACCUAACUGAUGUGCUUGGGAUUCAGCCAAAAGAGAAUGUGUCUCUUAUGCCGUCACUUGUAGUGGAAAGGAGGAAGGAAGGGACAGGGGUGACAAAGUUUGUACCGAGGCACCAGGAGGGAAGCCCUCAGAACCCGGGCAGGGUGGCGGCGUGCGGGCUCCUCUGGUCUGGGCUGCUGCUCCUGAUGCAACGGGAGGCAAGCCCUAGUAAUUCCCUUAUUGACAGAACCAUCAAGAUGAGAAAAGAAACUGAAGCUAGGAAAGUAGUUUUAGCCUGGGGCCUUCUAAAUGUGUCUAUGGCUGGAAUGAUAUAUACUGAAAUGACUGGAAAAUUGAUUAGUUCAUAUUAUAAUGUGUCAUACUGGCCCCUCUGGUAUAUUGAACUUGCUCUUGCAUCUCUCUUCAGCCUUAAUGCCUUGUUUGAUUUUUGGAGAUACUUCAAAUAUACUGUGGCACCAACAAGUCUCAUUGUUAGUCCUGGACAGCAAACACUUUUAGGAUUGAAAACAACUGGUGUUGUACAGACUACUCCUCCACAUGAUCUAACAGCCACCCAGAUCCCUCCCUCUACACCUUCCCCUUCCAUUCAGGGGCAGAGCGUGUUGAGUUACAGCCCAUCUCGUUCACCAAGUGCCAGUCCCAAGUUCACCACCAGCUGUAUAACUGGAUACAGCCCUCAACUGCAAAGCAUGUCCUCAGGCAGCAGUAGUUCAUACAGCCCUGGAGUGACCUACUCACCAGUCAGUGGUUAUAAUAAGUUGGCAGGCUUUACCUCCUCUCCUCCUUCUCCAUACCCUACCACGGUUGGCCCAGUGGAGAGCAGUGGCUUGAGGUCCCGCUAUCGUUCUUCACCCAGCAUCUACAACUCACCUACUGAUAAGGAGGACUACAUGACUGACCUGCGUACUCUGGACACUUUUCUCAGAAGUGAAGAAGAGAAACAGCACAGAGUUAAUCUGGGAAGCCCAGAUUCUACCUCUCCUUCCAACAGCCCUACGUUUUGGAACUACAAUCGUUCUAUGGGAGAUUAUGCACAGACUUUAAAAAAGUUCCAGUAUCAGCUUGCCUGUAGGUCUCAGGCCCCUUCUGCUAACAAAGAUGAAGCUGAUCUCAGUUCUAAGCAAGCUGCAGAAGAGGUUUGGGCACGAGUGACAAUGAAUAGACAACUUCUUGAUCAUAUGGAUUCAUGGACAGCUAAGUUCAGAAAUUGGAUCAAUGAGACAAUACUAGUGCCACUUGUACAGGAGAUUGAGUCUGUCAGCACCCAGAUGAGACGAAUGGGUUGUCCAGAGCUACAGAUAGGAGAAGCUAGUAUUACCAGCUUGAAACAGGCUGCCCUGGUCAAAGCCCCUCUCAUUCCAACUCUGAAUGCAAUUGUGCAGUAUCUAGACCUCACACCGAAUCAAGAGUACUUGUUUGAAAGGAUCAAAGAACUUUCUCAGGGUGGCUGCAUGAGCUCAUUUCGAUGGAACAGAGGUGGAGACUUCAAAGGACGAAAAUGGGAUACUGACCUGCCAACUGAUUCUGCAAUCGUCAUGCACGUAUUUUGUACCUACCUCGAUUCCAGGUUACCUCCACACCCUAAGUAUCCUGAUGGAAAAACAUUUACGUCUCAGCAUUUUGUUCAGACCCCAAAUAAGCCAGAUGUUACAAAUGAGAAUGUUUUCUGCGUUUAUCAGAGUGCCAUCAACCCCCCACACUAUGAGCUCAUCUACCAGCGACAUGUGUACAAUCUUCCAAAGGGCAGAAAUAAUAUGUUUCAUACAUUGUUAAUGUUUCUGUACAUCAUAAAGACGAAAGAGUCAGGAAUGCUUGGGAGAGUUAAUCUUGGUCUGUCUGGUGUGAAUAUUCUGUGGAUUUUUGGCGAGUAGUAGAUCAUUUAAUUCCCAACAUUUGGACCUUUAUUGAAGUAGAAGUUGAAUCUAAGCAUCUCUUACCCACUGCCUCUUCUGAAAUAAGCUACAUAUGUGAGUGUGAGAUUUAACAAAAAAUUAGCUAGUAUACCAUUUUCUUAGGAAAAUAUGUCCUAUAUGUUCCACUCCACAAAAUAAUUAUGUUUUAGAAAUUUCAGUUGAUACAAAAUUACAAUUUUGUGGACUUUUUAAAAAAAUGCAGAUACUGCAGUUCCCCUUAGUUAGAUUAGAUAAGUGGAGCAGCUUUUUCAUGGUAACCCCCGAAUAAGCGUUAUCCAUGUGCCUCUUCUACUCAGAAAUGGUUU